UGGGUGAAACCCGCCAUGGAAGCUCUAAAAGCUCCACCUUUCCCCUCAUUUCACCGCCAAUCCAUCUCAACUCGAAAUCCCUCCAACACUCUCGAAAAACCCAUUUUAAACAUCCCAUCAUCUCGCCGAAUUUCGCCACUAAUUAGCCGCAACCAGAAAUUAAACUUAAAAACUCUCGCCGCCGCCGCGAUUUCUCCUGCGCCGCUCCAUGAAGAGUUCGUAUCGGAGAGAUUCGACUGGUACGAGCAGUGGUAUCCGGUGUGGCCGGUGUGCGAUCUCGAUAGCAGGAGGCCUCACGCGAAGAAGGUGAUGGGGAUUGAUUUGGUGGUGUGGUGGGAUCGGAACGAGAAUGCGUGGAAGGUGUUCGACGAUAGUUGCCCUCAUCGGUUGGCGCCGCUUUCGGAGGGGAGGAUCGAUCAGUGGGGGAGGCUGCAGUGUGUUUACCACGGCUGGUGCUUUGGCGGCGCCGGCGACUGCAAAUUCAUCCCUCAGGCGCCGCGAGACGGCCCUCCGGUCCACACUUCCAACAAGGCGUGUGUAGCCGUUUAUCCUAGUUGCGUGCAGAAUGGCAUUCUCUGGUUCUGGCCAAAUUCAGAUCCGCAGUACAAGGAGAUACAUUCAACGAAGAAGCCACAUUAUAUCCCGGAACUUGACGAUCCAUCAUUUACCAAUACGAUGAUAGCAAGGGAACUAGCUUAUGGGUACGAAGCCCUGAUUGAAAAUCUCAUGGAUCCUGCUCAUGUUCCAUAUGCACAUUAUGGCAUAAUAAGAACGGGGAAAGUGCCCGAGAGUUUGAAGGCUGACAGGGAAGGAGGCAGACCACUCAAAAUAAGUGUUCAGAAAGUGGAUGUAAAUGGUUUCACAUCGAAGCAAAUGUUCGGAGAGAACCACUUCAUAGCGCCUUGCCUGUGGCUAUACUACGACCAUUUCUCCCCACGCACGAACAAGACUCCAAAGAAUGAUGUGGUGUCAUUCCCCGUCUCCCCCAAGAAAAAGUCUAUGUUCGUUUUCUACUGCAUCCCGGUUAGUCCUGGUUACAGCAGGCUGAUCUUCGCGUAUCCUAGGAACUUUUCUGUCUGGAUGGAGUGCAUCGUUCCGCGUUGGAUGUCUCACCUUGGACAGAACUUGAUUCUUGAUUCAGAUCUCAAUCUUCUUCAUGUGGAGGAAAGAAAGCUGAAGGAGGUUGGGGCCCUCAAUUGGCAAAAAACUUGUUACGUCCCAACAAAGUCUGACACCCUUGUCGCGACAUUCAGAAGGUGGCUGAACCGUUAUGGAGGCACACAGGUCGACUGGAGAAAUAAAUACACCGGAGAGCUUCCACCCACUCCUCCGCGAGAGCAGCUCUUCGACAGGUACUGGACUCACACGGUGAGCUGCAGCAGCUGCAGCGCCGCGUAUAAACGCCUCAAUGCGCUAGAGAUUGCCCUUCAAGUUAUCUCAAUCGCUUUGAUCGCCGCUGUAGCUGCAGCCAAACAGGGUGCAAUUUCCAUUGCUGUAAGAUAUUAUGUGGCUUCAAUGGCUGUGUUGUGCUUUGUAGCUUCAAAAUUGUUGUCACAUUUCAUCUACAAAACUUUUAGAUACCAUGAUUAUGAUCAUUCCUUCUUCCCCUAAGGGUUGGGCUUGUAAUUAAUUCGAUAUUAAUGGUGUACAAACAUCGAUAAAAUUUGCCCA